AUGGAAUGUUCAUGUAUUGGAUUAUUUGACUUACCUGAUGAGAUACUUUUAAUGAUUUUCAAGAAAUUAGAAAAUGUCGAAAUAUUUUAUUCUUUAAUGGAUAUUAACAUGCGACUCAAUCAAAUUGUGUCUGAUCCGAUUUUCACCAGUCAAAUUACGUUAAUGAAACGAAUCUCACCACUUCUACUUACAUCUCCACUACCUCAUAUAAUAGUUGAUCGAUUUUGUUUACAAAUAUUACCAAAAAUUCAUGAUAAAAUCAAAUGGCUCAAACUUGAAACAUUAUCAAUGGAACGUAUUCUUCUUGCUGCUAACAACUAUUCUAAUCUACGUCAAUUGGAUAUUUUUAUUAUGAAUACAAAAACUGACAUGCAUUUGUUUACUAGUAAGACAUUUGACUUUCAUAACUACUUUUUUGAUUAUCUAGUUAUUGAUAGAGAUUGA